AUGCCAUCCCCUGCUGGAGCUCAACCUGUGCCCCCUCCGGAUGGAGGCUGGGGCUGGGCUGUGGUGUGUGGAGCCUUCAUCUCCAUCGGCUUCUCCUAUGCUUUCCCCAAAGCCACUACUGUUUUCUUCAAGGACAUUCAGAAAAUUUUUGAUGCAUCAUAUAGCCAAGUUGCCUGGAUCUCCUCCAUCAUGCUGGCUGUCAUGUAUGCUGGAGGCCCUAUAAGCAGUGUCCUUGUAAACACAUAUGGCAGCCGGCCGGUAAUGAUAGCAGGUGGAGUUCUGUGUUCCAUCAGCAUGAUUGCUGCCUCAUUUUGCAACAGUGUCAUGCAGCUGUACAUCUGCAUUGGAAUGAUUGGGGGUUUUGGUCUUGCCUUCAACCUCCAGCCAGCUUUGACCAUGAUCGGGAAGUACUUUUACAAAAAGCGUCCCAUCGCUAAUGGCUUGGCCAUGGCAGGUAGCCCUGUCUUUUUAAGCACCCUAGCCCCCUUAAACCAGUACCUCAUCAAUGCUUUCGGCUGGAGAGGCAGCUUCCUUAUUCUCGGGGGUCUUUUGCUUAACUGCUGCGUGGCCGGAUCCCUUAUGAGGCCACUGCACCAGCCUUUGACAAAGAACUACACCAAAAGUGAUGAAGAGGUUCCAGUUGCUAAGUCGGUGAAGCCUACAGUGUGGCAGAUUAUCAACAAAUACCUCGACUUGUCACUCUUCAAGCACCGGGGCUUCCUCAUCUACCUGUCAGGAAACGUCAUUAUGUUUGUGGGCUUCUUCGCCCCCAUUGUCUUCCUUUCUCCAUAUGCCAGGGACAACGGUGUAGAUGAGUACUCAGCAGCCUUCCUGCUCUCCAUCUUGGCUUUUGUGGACAUGUUUGCUCGUCCCUCCAUGGGACUGGUGGCCAACACACGCUGGAUACGGCCAAAGAUCCAGUACUUCUUUAGCUUUGCUGUCCUCUAUAAUGGCGUAUGCCACAUACUGUGCCCACUGGCUGAGUCCUACACUGGCAUGGUGGUGUAUGCUGUGUUUUUUGGGUUUGCCUUUGGCAUGGUGAGUGCUGUGCUCUUUGAGACACUCAUGGACCUGGUAGGCCCUCAGAGGUUCUCAAGUGCUGUGGGCCUCACCACCAUCAUUGAAUGCUGCCCUGUGCUUAUUGGACCACCUCUGGCAGGGAAAUUAGUGGAUGUUACUAAGAACUACAAGUACAUGUACAUAUGCUGUGGCUCUGUGGUCAUCCUUGCCAGCAUCUGGCUCUUCAUCGGCAACUUCAUCAACUACCGUCUGCUGGAGAAAGAGCGCAAGCUGGAGACAUACAAGCAAGCAGAACUUGAAGAGCCUGACAAGGGACCCGAUCACACAGAAGAUGGACAGGUAUCUGAGGAACUCAGUGGGAAAGGGGAAGAUGCUGUGCAGAGAGAAACAAACAUUUAGGCUUCCUCCAAAUAAGAUCAGGGCUACACUGGAGUGAAGCAACACACAACUGCCAAAGCAAAGCAUGAUUGCUGUGAGGGGACCAGUAGAAUAGUGUUUAGAUAAAGCAUUUAGAUGGAAGUCAAGAAAUAUGAAUGGUGGAGUGUAUGAGAGUUGAAUGGUUUAGAAAGUUGUGUGUAGUCAGUCAGAAAGAGAGCUCUCCUGAGUUAGGCUGCACUAGACUACAGAUACACAUUACCACAAUAAUAACAUGCAGUUUAAAGCCGUUCUACUAAUGUUUCAUCUCAGGAACUGACCAGAAUCUUUCCACCAAUGCAGAAUUUGCAGCAAACCCAAAUAACUCUGCCAGUUUGAGACUUUUGAGCACUGUGGUUAGGUAUUUGUUCAAAAAACUGACAAGCGUUAACCAGCGACACUCCUGUGAUCUGCAUGCCCAUAUCUGCUGCACUAUAAUCUAUAAUCUGUGUAGUCAACAAAACAUGACUGAAUGUAAAUUAUUAUGCAUGUGUUAUUAACAACUGCCUUAUAACACUUCUGACCAAAAUGUCGGUAAAAAAAAAAAAAAAAAAAAAAAAAAAAGCUUAUUGCUGGUGAUUAUCACAUGUAGAACCUAUCCAAUCUUAUAUAACCUUUAGUCUUCUGCUGCGGUAUACACAGGGAAAUUCAUUUAGUAUUAUUUUAUGGGGAGUGCUAUUUUUUUUAAGUAAAUGUGCAAAAGUAUUUACAUAUUAGGUAUUGCCUUAAUUGUAAAUAAUGCAACUAACAUCCUAAAGCCAGUAUAUAGAGAUCUUCCUAUAUGAUGUGUAUAGAAAUGACUAUUUAUUGAUGUGGCAUUACUAAUCAACUUGAUUAUUAACAAAUGUGUCAUGUUUAUUUAUAUUUUAGUAUGUCUGACAUUAACAUAUUAUCUAACUAAUGAAGCUAUUAAGUAAUUAGAGCAAUGCAGUAAAACUUACUGUACUUGAAUGAUAUUCAGGAUCUUUAGGGAUUGGUUUAAAAUGCGGACAUAAGUACUGUGUCUUUUUAAUCCCACACAGGCCAUAACAAUGUAUCAUGUAUAUAAUAUUCUAUGCAUCAAAGUCACACAUAUAUACAUUGUUAAAGUCAUUUCUUUCAGAAAUUGUGUGUGUCACAUUUUGGCUGCACAGAGGGUCCAGUGUUGUGUAUGUCCAAUGAUGGCUCCACAGAGGGUCACUAAAGAAAAUUAUAAUAAAAUACGGCAGAGGUGGCUCAGCGGGCUAUGGAUCAGAAGGUUAUGAGUUCAAAUCCCAGCAACUUAAGCAAGGGCCUUAACUCUCAACUGCAAGUUGCUUUGAAUUAAUGUUCUACACAAAUGAACAAAUGUAUAAACGAACAAUCAAAAAUUGUUUGUUUAUGCAUUGUUGCUUGUUCAUAUACAUAAAAAAGAAAACUAAAGAGAAAUUUAACAUACAAAAAGAAUGUCCAUUGGGUUGUGUACAGAAGAGUAAAUACUUCAUGGCAUUGUGCUGUUAAAUAAUGCAUUCACUGAGCACUUUAUUAGGAACACUAUACUAAUACUGGGUGGGGCCUCUCGUUGCUCUCAAAACAGCCUCAAUUCUUGGUGGCGUGGAUUCCACAAGAUGUUGGAAACAUUCCUUUGAGUUUCUGGUCCAUGCUGACAUGACUGCAAUUCCUGCAGAUUUUUCAGGUGCACUUUCAAGCUGCAAAUCACCCGUUCUACCACAUCCCAAAAUGUUCUAUUGGAUUCAGAUCCAGUGAUUGAGAAGGGCACUGAUGAGCAUAGAACUCAUUGUCAUAUUCAUGAAACUGGAUUGAGAUGACUUUGGGUUUGUGACAUGGUGCAUUAUCAUGCUGAAAGCAGCCAUUAGAAGAUGGGUAGAUUGUGGCCAUGAAGGGAUGCACAUGCUCAGCAACAAUACUCAAAUAGGCUGUGGCAUUCAAGUGAUGAUUGAUUGGUCUUAACAGGCCCAUAGUGUACUAAGAAAACAUUCCCUACACCAUUACACUACCUCCACCAGCCUGAACUGUUGACACAAGGCAGGUUGGGUCCAUGGAUUCAUGCUGUUGGCACAAAGUUCUGACCCUACCAUCUAUGAGGCUCAGCAGAAAUCGAGAUUCAUCAGACCAGGCUACGUUUUUCCAGGCUUCAGCUGUUCAGUUUUGGUGAGUCUGUGCCCACUGCAGCCUCAGCUUUCUGUUCUUGGCUGACAGAAGUGGAACCCGAUGUGGUCUUCUGCUGUUGUAGCCCAUCUGCCUCGAGGUUCGACUUGUUGUGCAUUCUGAGAUGCUUUUCUGCUCACCACAAUUGUACAGAGUGGUUAUCUGAGUUACUGUAGCCUUUCUGUCAACUCAAACCAGUCUGGCCAUUCUCCAUUGACCUCUCUCAUCAACAAGGCAUUUCUGUCUGCAGAACUGAUGCUCACUGGAUGUUUUUUCUUUAUUGUACCAUUCUUGUUGAUCAGCAGUUAUAGAAAUACUCAAACCAGUCCGUCUGGCACCAACAAUCAUGCCACAGUCAAAAUAACUGAGAUCCCAUUUUUCCCAUUCUGAUGUUUGAUGUGAACAUUAACCAGCUGUCGGUCCGUAUCUGCAUGAUUUUAUGCAUUGCACUGCUGCCACAUGAUUGGCUGAUUAGAUGAGUAGGUGUACAGGUGUUCCUAAUAAAGUGUUCAGUGAGUAUACAAACAGUGUAUGAAAAUGUUGCUUUUUCUUCAUACCUGUCAUACACGUAAGUAAAUGCAGGCACAUUAUUCAAUCUUUUGUCUUAUUUGAUGUAUUAAUUUUUGUGUGUGGUUGCUCGGUUAGACUGAGGUAUACAUCCACACUCACAUUUAUAAAAUAGAACAAAGGGUUUAAAGGGUUACUUUGGGCAAAUGUAGGUUUGGUCAGUAUUGAGUUAUUAACAUAUCAAGGGGCGUGAAAAUGUGUUGGUAAGACAGUAAACCAUGAUGAGCUUAUAUAUGUUGUUUUACCAGUAUAGAUAAUGAUGUCUUUUUUAGAAUAUGCUGAACUAUGAAAAUAUUCCUGCUUAUUAACAAACAAAUAUACAGUACAGAGCUUAAAGCAGUCACAGUGGUGUAUCUACAUUGUUUUGAUAAACUAUAGGAAACUAAGCAUCAUCCUUUCAAGUCUGUUUAAACGAAAAUGCUAGCCUUUUUUUUUUUAACGAAUAAUUUAAUAUUUGCAGUGAACUUCAGUGCAAUAUGUCACAUAAAGCUAUCUUCCUUAAAACAUGCAAAGUUCCAGGCAGAUACCGUGAAGCACCAAAAAUACCAUAAUACUGGGUUCUACAGUGAAUUUUCCCAUGCAGUUCCACCCCAGUGUAUAUCUUGUAAGUCAAGGUGAUUCAGAUUUCUGUUUAUGAUCCAGCCCUAUGAAUUAAAGCAUGACUUUGUAUUAAAAUGUUCUGCUUUCUUUUGACAAACCGCCUACUACUCCACAUAGCAUCAUGAUUUAUAGCUACACCCUUUAUUCCUUAAAUUGCUUUGGAUAAUCAAACCUUGAUUAUUAUGAAUCAGUGAGUAGCCCAUGUAUGUUUGCAUAUAUUCACUAUUAUCUGAAUGCUAUAUGUGUCAGUAACAUCAGUGAAUUCAAACAGUGCACUGUAAGUGACUGCUUGCUGAUAAAUGCUUUUAAUAUAAUAAUCUAUGUUAUGGUUUAUAGUUUUCUUACAGCUAUAGUUUAACAUAUGAUGCAGGAUUAUAUUGCUAACCAUUGUAAUUUUAUUACACUAAUCAUUUACUUUGAUUUGUUUUUUUUUAAGGUAGACCACAUAUAUUGUUGCCUAUUAUUAUUUAGUAAUAUUCUAUAUUUUUGUAUGCAUAAAUAUUUAUUUUUAUAGCCUCAGUACAUAGUACAAUUUGCCAUUUCAUGAUAUAAGACUGAGACUGAAGCUUUAAAACAUUAGCACUUAGCACACAAUAUUUUUAGAUCUUUUAAUAUUCCAUCAGACCAUGAGCUUGAGUUCCAACUAAUCAAACCCCACUGGCCUUAUUAAAUAAAAUAAAGUGAAUGUCAUAUGUUUGAAUAAUCUGUGAUAUUUUGUUCAACAUUUAUUGUUUUUAUUCAGUAAAACUAUAUAUACAAUAAAAUAUAGUGUAUACCUACUAAAACCAGACACAUAUAUAGUAUGUGUUAAUAAUUAUUUAUAAUCUAUUGCAAUUAUUUAUGUAUAGUAAUUUCAUCCAUCUCAAUGUUUGAUCACUGCUCUGAAAUACAAGCAAUUUUGGAUAUUAAUUUUUAUUAAGCAUUGUCAGUGCUAUACAGCCAUUUCAUUCAUUGUGGCAUAAUGUAUGGAGCUCUACACCAUUCUUUGCACAUGCAAAAUGUCUUAUCUGACCUUUUUAAUAUGUUUUUUUUCCUGCAGCUAAAUAAAAAUCUGUAUAGUGCCACCAUCA